GUGGUUUCUAAACCAGAUAAUAAUAUGACUUCCUCGUGUAUUCGUCUAUCAUUUUGUGUUUAUCAUUUUAAAGGAGUGAUGGAUAUAAAGUUGUCUACAAUCUUUUUUUCUUUUCUUUUUCUUAUUUCUUAUUUUCCCUAAAAGUUGAUAGAAUGGCUAUGGCACACGAUGUUCACCGAGUUAUGGAUGAAAGGUUAUUAUUCGGGGCAUUUCAAGGACAGUCAAACUUCAACUCGUAUCAAUCCUUAACAGCGUCUGAUUUAAUUAAUUUACCUGGACAAUACCAAAGACGCUCUAAUAUAUCAUCCUCUAUUACGGGAAAUAAUGUACAAACGCCACAAUACAAAUCCAGAGCUGCAUCCGAUAUUUUACAGACCAAACCUUCUUUGAGAGAACACCAAAAGAAUUCACCAGAGGCCGAGGCAAUUGACCGUUGGUUUGAAAAUAUUCAACGUUAUGAACAAAUGUUGGAAGAAAUGGCAGCAGCUAGUCUAGAUCAAGAAUUCAAAGACGAGUUGCAACAUAUCAAUCAAUGGUUUCGAUGUAGAUCAGAUGCUGAAAGAACAGCAGCUCUUUAUACAGUUGUACAAAAUGCCUCACAAAUCCAAAUUCGCUUUCUUAUUACUGUGCUUCAGCGAUUAGCUAAUGGUCGCGGUGAGCCUUAUCCUGCUGGUCAGGAGUCGAGUAGCGAAAUACCAUCUUACUAUCGAUCUCGGCCACUCGAUAUCACACGAUCUGUUAUAUCUACUGAAUCAGAAUAUGAAUCACGAAAACGACAAUUAUAUCCGCCUACAGCAGCAAGCAACAGACGCUAUAAGCUGUCUUCUGCUAUGAGCGAGCCUGAUGAUAUGCGACGAAACAGAGACUUGCUUGCCUCUCGUUCACUCGGUCUAAGUCAUCCUGGGCCUUUAUAUGAAAAAGCCAUGGCCGCCCGAGCUCAACUUCAAGCCAUUAACAGUAACACCAGUACAAAAAACAGUCCUGCUUCAACCGCCACUUCAUCCAUCGUAUCAUCCUCCUCUUCUUCGCUAAGCAAUGGUGGUAGUACAGGAGGCUUGUUUUCAUCACCCCCAAGACUUCGUACUUCAUGCUCAACUACAGACCUUGGUUCAAAAUCAUUAUUCUCAACAAACACUAGCACAGACUGGCCUUUCCCAAUCUCUAAAAAGUCAAAUGAAAUCGAUAGCUGGUCUUUUGGUUCUCUCAAUAAAAAGAAACUCGUUCAUACUACUUCUGCGCCCGGAUCAACUGCGUCCUCUAUCAUUGGCUCAAAGAAAAAAGAUGAUCAUUUACCUUGGGCUAUUCAGGAAGAACAAGAGGAUUACUGUAAAUUAUCUGCCACCAUCACUUCUAGUCUAAGUGCUCUAGAGCAAGCUCAGGCUAGAUUAAGACAGGACCUACCAAAGUCAACUACUCCUUGGUCUCCUUCACAAAAAACGGUUCAAACACCGAAAACGGAGACUUUGCCCAAUUCAGUAACACAGCCAAACACAAGACAAGUUUUGUUUACGCCAGAGACGAUAAGUAAUGAUGAACAAAACGAAGAGAAGCCUUUGACAGGUUUAGCAAGAAGACGUAAACGUUCCUCAGCAGCUCGUGCAUUGAAAGACAAAAUAGCAGCCGAAACGGUUGACUUUGAAUUAAUGAAGGGUAAAUGUACAGUCUAAAAAUAUCAUUUAACUGAUACCCUCGACUUAAAAUUAGACGUUCAAAAUUGGCUACGAAGCUUAAGACUACAUAAAUACGGCCAUGCAUUUAUUGGGCUGGAUUGGAAACAAGUGAUUCGCAUGACAGAUCAAGAUAUGAUUGAUGCUGGAGUAAACACUAUUGGAGCAAGACGAAAACUGCUCAAAGUGUUUGAGAAUGUUGCAAGACAUUGUGAUGAAAAUGACAUUGAGUACUAAAAAAUUGUUACCAAAUAAAGGCCUUUUUAUUUUUAUAUUUUUAAAGCCUCAUUUUGUACGACAAGUCGAAAUAAAAUCUCUUCCUUUUCUUUA